AUGAGCAAAGCAGGGUGGAUGACAUCAUGGGCUAGGGAACAGUGAGCAGCCAGUGAAGCAUCCAGCCUGCCGAACAAGCUUGCUUUUAGGGUCAGGAACUGGUCUGACAAGAGAAUGGCAAUCCUGCCUUUAAACUGUCAUUAGGCCUGUACGGUUGACGAUGAAUCUACCAGAGCUCCGGGCUCAAAGGCAAAACACUGAGCAAGAGAAUGUGAAGACAUAUUUCAGGACAUUGUGAGUGCUACUAAAGAUGUCUGAUAGUGUUGAUAUUGAAGAGAAACCACCAGCCCCCCCCUUGAGAAUGAACAGUAGUUCCCGAGACUCUUCAUCACUGAAUCACGCCUCUAAACCGCUUCCAAUGGCUCCUGAAGAGAAAAACAAGAAGGUCCGUCUGCGCUCCAUCUUCCCCGGGGGAGACAAGACAAACAAGAAGAAGGAGAAGGAACGUCCUGAGAUAUCCCUACCCUCAGACUUUGAACACACCAUUCAUGUUGGCUUUGAUGCGGUAACAGGAGAAUUCACAGGUAUCCCAGAGCAAUGGGCACGUCUCCUACAGACCUCAAACAUCACCAAGCUGGAGCAGAAAAAGAACCCGCAGGCUGUGUUAGAUGUCUUAAAGUUCUACGACUCCAAAGAGACCGUCAACAACCAGAAAUACAUGAGCUUUACCUCGGGAGACAAGUCGGCACAUGGGUACAUAGCAGCAAACACUCUGAACCGACUGCUGUCAUCUGGGCCUCCUGUCAGCCUUAGAACCUGCAGCGCAUUAUUUGAAAAGGCUGCCAAAACAUCAUCGUCAGAACCCCCUAUCGCUCCGCCUGUGUCAGAAGAGGAGGAUGAGGAAGAAGAAGAAGAGGAGGAGGAAGAGGAAGAAGAGGACGAUGACGACGAGCUGCCCCCAGUCAUUGCACCUCGGCCCGAGCAUACCAAAUCUAUCUACACACGCUCUGUCAUGGACCCAAAGCCUCCCACCCCUGUGAAAGAAGUGGUGACUCCACCAGAGUCGCAAGUCCAGCCGGACAACACGUCCAACACAAUGUAUCGCCACACUGACCGGCAGAGGAAGAAGUCCAAAAUGACAGAUGAGGAGAUUCUGGAGAGACUCAGGAGUAUUGUGAGCGUGGGGGAUCCCAAAAAGAAGUACACUCGCUUUGAGAAAAUAGGACAAGGAGCGUCCGGCACUGUGUACACUGCCAUUGACAUAGCAACGGGCCAAGAGGUGGCCAUCAAGCAGAUGAACCUGCAGCAGCAGCCCAAGAAGGAGCUGAUCAUCAAUGAGAUCUUAGUGAUGAGGGAAAACAAAAACUCCAAUAUAGUGAACUACCUGGACAGUUACUUGGUAGGAGAUGAGCUGUGGGUGGUGAUGGAGUAUUUGGCCGGUGGCUCGCUGACAGAUGUAGUGACUGAGACCUGCAUGGACGAGGGCCAGAUUGCUGCAGUCUGCAGAGAGUGUCUUCAAGCCCUGGACUUCCUACACUCCAACCAGGUGAUCCAUAGAGAUAUAAAAAGUGACAACAUCCUCUUGGGGAUGGAUGGAUCCGUCAAGCUCACCGACUUUGGCUUCUGUGCCCAGAUCACUCCAGAGCAGAACAAGCGCAGCACGAUGGUGGGAACGCCCUACUGGAUGGCACCCGAGGUGGUGACUCGAAAGGCUUAUGGCCCAAAAGUGGAUAUCUGGUCCCUGGGGAUCAUGGCAAUAGAGAUGGUGGAGGGAGAACCACCCUACCUGAAUGAGAAUCCACUCAGGGCACUGUACCUGAUAGCUACCAAUGGGACUCCAGAGCUGCAGAACCCAGAGAGGCUGUCAUCUGUGUUCAGAGACUUCCUUAACCGCUGUUUGGAGAUGGAUGUGGACCGCAGAGGCUCUGCCAAGGAGCUUCUCCAGCAUUCUUUCCUCAAACUGGCGAAGCCUCUAUCCAGCCUGACGCCUCUGAUUGUAGCUGCGAAGGAAGCCAUAAAGAACAGCAGUCGCUAGGGUGUGACCUGUGUCCCCACCCGAGAAUGGAGCCCUGCCUGUGAUGUGUGCGUUCAUGGGGGCAGGGGCUUGGGUGUAUGGAUGGUGGGUGACGUUACAGUGACAGCACAAGGAGGGGGGGAGGGGUUUGUGUGACUUACCGUGACAGCACAAGGACAAAUGACCCCCAGGCCUCAUAUGUAAGACGGACAUCUGGCCUUGCAGCCUCUCGGGCCCAUGCUGCUGAAAAGACCUUGCCUCCUUGUUUACUUUUCCAGCACUCUGUACAUGUAGAGCAGUCCAUCACAAGUAUGUGUGCGUAUGUGUGGGUGUGUGUGUGCGAGUGUGUACCAAAUCUGCACAUCUCUUUGUGUCAUAUGUCUUGUUUGGCAGCAGUCGCUUCCCAAACCAAGAAAUACAGUGAAAAAAAUGAAAAGAACACAUGCUCAUUUUCAAGCAGAAACUUAAGGAGCAAAGAGGAGAAAGUGACAAAACUAAAGAGCCUGUGAUUUUUUUCCCUGCCCAGCUUUGGUUUUCUUUCCUCUAGUCCUUCCAUGGAGCACAAUCAGGCCAAACUUACACCUGCAGUGACCAGCCGAUGUGAGAGAGUGACUCUGGGACUCUGGACCCAACCUUUGCCUGCAUGACUAAUGGCUCUGUGGAGAAACAUUGCUACUCCUCCGUAGAUUGUCUCAUCUCAAGGUGGCAUAUUUAUGUGUGUGUAUUUGUGUGUGUGUGUGUGUGUGUGUGUGUGUGUGUGUGUGUGUGUGUGUGUGUGUGUGUGUGUGUGUGUGUGUGUGUGUGUGUGUGUGUGUGUGUGUGUGUGUGUGUGUUUGUGUUUGUGUGUGCGCGCGUGUGUGUGUGUUUGUGUGUGUGUGUUUUUGUGUGAGUUUGAGUGAGUGUAGGGGUGCAGCUACAGGGGAAUAAGUCACUAAUAAUUUCACAUGACCUAUGCCAGCUUUAAACACCCUUCAUUAGUACACUUCAUAUCAGUGAAGAGAUACGGGUCCCAUAUUUCAUUUGAGCCAACUUCUUUCAGACAGUCUCUGCCAUAGAGUCACUGGUAUUCAGGUUACCGGCAGUUAGUUUGCUUAUUUUCUCUCUUAAACUGGCUACAUAAUAUCAAAUUUAAUGUUGUGUCAAAUUCAAAAUACUGAAACCAGAACAUGUGUGACUCAACUGUAGCUCACACAUGCAAAUAUUUAAUUUUGGAUAUAAUAUACAGUACAUACUUUUUUACUAAUUUUAAAGAGAAAAGUGAUGUAGUUAGAUACAUUUGAUUGCGCUGAAAUAAAGAUUAUAUGUUGCAUAUUUAAAUCAACAUUAGGUACUGAACACUUCGUAUUCAAUGUGGUAGAAAUGAUCAGAAUGACUUCCAAUCGAUGUCAGCUUCAUUACAAAUGCAAGCAAUGUAUCUGCAAAUUUGACAGAUAUUUCUAACAUGCAUUUGUAUGGUACAUAAACUGUAGUAUUCAUAGUGUACAAGCAUCUCAAAUGGGAUUUUCCAUAGAUAUGGAUUUGUGUGGCUUUCUAACCAUCUAUCUUAAUUAAUGUCAAAGAAAAUUUUUAAUAGGUAUGUGAUAAAAAGAAAGACAAAUACUAGAUCAGAGACUCAACAGAAAUUUAAUGAUGGAUUGUCAUUUUUAAAGAUGCUGGCACACAGUGAACCAACAUUUCAGCCUUUUAAAUAAGCUCAUUUUCGACAACAGUGGCAAAUAGAAGGUCAUGUAAUUAUUUACCUUAAGAGAGUUGAAGGUCUAGUGCCACACAUUGUCACAGUUUCAACAAACUGCAACAAGUCGUGGAGGGAGAAAUACAUUUUCUUCAUCUUCAAUCAAAAUAACUUUAAAGUAUACACAGACAUUUUGAUGAAACAAGUUAUUCUCUUUUUUUCCAGAAGCACGAGUGAUUACUUAUAAGUGUUGUGUGUGUCCUUUUGUCUUUUAAUGGUGUCUUAUGUGUCUUUUUCAUAUGAUCUGUAUUGUAGUGAGUUUUUGGAUUGCGCGGCAGAUCAGAGAGGGGGAAUGUUAUCCACUGAGCGAAGUAGUGGAGUGGAUGUCAUUUUAUGAUUGUACCUUGUCCUAAUGAGCACUGAAAACAACCAACCUAGUAGAGGUUCAUGUUGUUUGAUAACAUUCCUGCCAUACCUGGGUAGUGUUUAAACUCAUUUCUGUACAGACAGUAUCUAUUCUGUGUCUGUAUUUGGUAGCUUCGUCAUGCAUUUCCCAUGUAGCAUCACUCUGUGUGUGAGCGUGUGUGUUUGUGCGUGUUAGGAGGCUACCUCAAUCUGCACUAGAAGAGGCCUCACUCAUGUUGUCCACCUUCAUUGUGAGGUGCAGGGUAGCUGCUCAGUCAUGUUGUACCUCCAUUGUACAGCAAAUGUACAGAAGAUGGAGUGAUGUUAGACAGGAGGAUGCAACAGAAUUCAUGCAUGUAAAACAAACUAUACACUGUAUCUCAUCUUCAAAUAGGUUAAGAUUGUUAGGAUAUGUAUGUAUGUAAAUAUGCCAGGAAAACACCCCUUUUUCAGAAUUAUGUAACUUAAGAGGACAAUAAUCAGGUUGCUCUAUGGUAUGUAUCAAUAAAUGUUUUGCACCCUGAACAUCAAAAAAGAGAAAAACUAACAUGCUGGCACUCCUGGAUCCGGCUUUUCUGUUUGGGCUUUAUCGGACACUCCUUCAUCUGGACAGAGAGCCGAUGAAUGCAGCACUCUGUGUGCGGGCCCACACAGUCUGUCCUGAGUACCGCUGCUGAGUGUUAGUGCGUGCGUGUGUGUGUGUGUGUGUGCGCGGUAGGUGUGGAUGGCCUGACAGGAAGCUUUGCUGGCUCCUGGGACGUUUGGCCUCUGCCCCCCCAUGUACAGGUCUGUGAACUAUGAGCACAAAGGUGAAUUUCGGGACAAGAGACACCGUUGACGUGCCCCUUUUUCUGUGGUUGCUCCUGUACAUUCCUAUCUUCUGAAUGUGUAAACCUGUACACGUGGUGUGAAAAUUCCUCUAUUAAUGUGUAUCAAGAGAAUGGAACAAAGAUAAAAAAUGUUACUUUUUAAAUUAUUAUCAUAUUAUUAUUAUUAUUACUCUUAUUACUGUCUAGCUUUGUAAAACUGCUGAUCCAUCUGGCAUACCUCAGCAGGCCUUUCCCCAUCUUUGAAAAAGGACAAAUGAGUGACGGGGAAAUGAGGUUUUGGAUAAACUAUUUUUAUUUGUGGUUGAAGCAAUAGACUUUUUGAACUUUGAAUUGUGCAUGGCUGUGUCUUGAGUGUAAAAAAAAC